UCUCUAUUACGAACGCCUAAUAGCGGCAAAAGUGUUGACUAAUUGUGUGUUCAUUACAACAGAGAGUCAUAUGUUUUGAAUGCAUUGAACACUCAUUUCAAUUGAUUUCAAUUGACUAACAGUUUAUCCGAUACUCAACUACUGGCCACCCGUCGGGACAACUAUUGGGACGACAAUACACAACAACUGAUACAAUGAGCGAACCUUUGAUGAAGACAUCAAAGACUCAAAACAAUGUGACUAAGGGUUCAAAGCGACGAUCUCUUCAUUCAUUGCAACCGAUUAGUGAUAACAACAAAGUGUUGACCCGAACGAUGACCACCAAGAAGUCGGACAAAGACAAGUGCAUUGAAAAGACACAAAGAGUGGUGCGAUGGAUGACAGACAAGGAUAGUGUCGAUAAUGACUUGAAGUAUUGGAAGUGUUUGGCUAAAGAACGCUCCAAAGCUCUUGAGGUCGCUCUCAAAGCCAAUGAAGAGUUGGUCUCACGUAAUGAUGAACUGACUCGUGAUUUACAAGAGUCAAGACAUGAGAAGGAGCUUUUGGAGGCAGAGAACAAACAUUUGAGUGAAUUGGCUGCAGAAGGGAUCAAACUUAAGGAAAUGAUCGCCGAAUAUCUUCCCGACGACUAAUUAAUUGUUAUUAAGUGGUCAAUCAUGAG